AUGGGGAAACGAUUGCGUGUUUCGAAAUCGAUUUGCAGCUGUGCGUCUCCUCGUCUCACUUCUUCUUCUUUAUUCUCCUGGCAUGAUGAGGACACAUGGACAGAAAUUGCCAAGCAUUUGGAUGGGAAGUCUUUGGUAAUGUUGGCAUCAACCAGCAAGUGGUUCUUUAAGACUUUGAUGCACGAUAGUGUUUGGAAGUAUGCUUGUGCGCGUGAUCUUGAGGUUCCUGAUUGCUAUAAAACUAAGUUUAAAUGGAUCAAACUCUAUGCCUCCGCAUUUGAUGGGAGCCAUUCUUACGCCUUUCGUCAGAAGGAGAAGCAUAUUGAUUGGAUGAGAAUUGGUGCAUUUUGCUUCGACUCGUCAGAUGCAUUCCUCAUGGAGAAUCUCAUCCGCCCUACAAAGCUUCCAAAAGAAAUGACUACGCAAAAUAUGUUGAAAUCUUGUGGAUCUUGUGUAUUGCACAACAUCAAAACUGGAAUAUGGAUAGCAGAUUUGCAGCUUGUUAGGUGCCCUGUCUGUGACCAGAGCACAUGUGAUGGAACAAUGCAGGUACUGGAUGCUAGACACUUGGAGCUGUUCCUCAGUGAGGGUUACCAGAAUGGAAGCUGGGAGUACAAGCUUGUAGGAUCUCAUGAUGUCAGAAAAAAGAUGGAUAGUGCUUCUGGUUGCAUUUUAGACAUCAAGAAUCUCAAGAGUCGAUCCACAGCUGAGCUGUUCAAUCUCAAGUCAUGGGUUGGGAGUCCAAAAGACUGGAUGCCAAAAGCUAUGGUAACUUACCAUGCAGUUGCAAUCAACACCAAUCUACAAGCAAAUGAAGGUCUACAAAUGAAAUACCAUGUAAUGACUGCUGACACUGGUGAAAUCAUGUCGAUUCGUAUAUCUCAGCAACUGCUCUAAAUACUAAUUU